GUUAUUCGCCGGGCGCCAGUGGAAAAGCCCAGCUUCGCCACGCCGCAGGAGGCGGCUCGGGCUGAGGAGCUGAGGAAGAAUGAGAGCGCUUUUCUGCUAGCUUGGUUUGGACUCGGCGCCAUUAUUCUUGUCCAGGGCAUUGCUCUUGCUGCAUCAGGUUUUCUGCCAGAAGCAUGGGACAACUUCUUCGUCAAGUAUCUAUACCCAUCUUUCACUCCAACAGUCUUCUUGUUUGUUGCCGGGACAGUCACCUAUGGAGUUUUAAAGUACCUGCAAAAUGAAAAUUCUAACAAAGAAAACUGACCUGCAUUGAGCACGGAAGCAUUUAUAUGGUCAGAAGAGCUUUUUCUAGCUUUGCUGGCACUUGAACUAGUUUGUCCUGAAUAUGCAUGGUCUUGUAUUGCUUGCCAUGACAAACAUUCAAAUUGAUAAUGUUCAUACGAGAAAUAGUGCCCGAGUUUUUUCCCAGCUGUCUCAGCAGGAUGAUCCUCCCUAUGUGAUGAAUCCUGUCAACUGUGGUUGCUGUUAUUUUUUCGUGUGUAACUUACUAGUUUCCAUCUAACAGAUGCAUUCAAUGUUCGACCGGUAUGAUUGUGAUAAACUUAUGUUAAUAUCCAUCCAUAUUAAGGUAUACUGGUUUCAGGCA